AUGAUGGACAACGCUUUGUUCUUUUCGGGAGGAUCGGUAACUGCUAGCGGGUUGACAGCUGCGGCAGUGCGCGAGAAAGGGUGCUCGGAGUACACGCUGGAGGCUGGCGCCCUCGUGCUUGCGUCGGGGGGAACGUGCUGCAUCGACGAGCUGGACAAAACUACGACGGCACAGCAAAACUCGCUGUUGGAGGCCAUGGAAUCGCAGUCGGUAUCGCUGGCGAAAGGAGGUAUUGUAUGCACCCUGACAGCGCAAUGCACCGUUAUCUGCGCGGCAAACCCAUCCGGCGGCCGGUUCAACACCAGCAUAUCGGUCACGAAGAACAUCAAGCUUCUCGCGCCGCUCGUAAGCAGGUUCGACCUGAUAUUCUUCAUCGCUGACAAGCGGUCGGAGGAAGCGGACGACUACAUCGCAUCGCACAUCCUUAAGAAGGACCUAAAGCGCCAAUACAGCACCCGAGAAGUGCGGCCGGAGCCAGUUUCUUUGAAGGAUCACGUCACGUACUACCGGGCGAACGAGUUCCUGGACGAGAACCUUUUGCGGAGCUAUAUUGAGUACGCCAAAGCGUACGUGAACCCAGUUUUCACGCGGCCUGCGCGCAAACAGCUGAGGAAGUUCUACUCCGAGCUGCGCCAGCUCUCGAAAAUGCACAACGGUCUGGUGAUAACCACUAGGCAACUGGAGGGAAUCAUUCGUCUGUGCCAGGCGCGUGCCCGUGGCGACUUGUGCGACCGAGUCACGGAGGAGCACGUCAACGAUGUGUGUGAGCUGUUCAAGCAAACCGGGUACUACCCGGGCUACCUCGACACUAUGUCGCGUCCUUCCGAAGUGGUGGAGCCAGUAAAGAAGGCGCGUCCGAAGACCUCCAUAUCGAUAAUGGCGGCAUUUAUUUCCAGGUUGCCUGCUAACCGCACCGUUACGAUAACCCACCAGGAAAUGAUGGAGUACGCAAGGCAGACUUUGAAAGUUUGCCAGUCCGAAAGGGAUCCACGUGAUUUGAUCGAACGCGCGAAUCUCGCCGGUCACAUAUUGAAGAAAGGCAACAACUGGACCGUUAAUAUUUAG